AUGUCAACAAGCAACGGCCGGCGUAGGCCACGAUCAUCUAUAGAAAGUGACGACCACGGUGACAACCUCAGACACGAACAAAGUUCUACGCGCUCCGAAUCCUCCAAACGCGCCCGUACCAACGGUUAUCAGAGCGAUCAAGCUUCUGUCUCACCCGAACUUGAUUCUCCCCGCGCAAAUGGCUACAGAAACGACGAAGACUCGGACGACGAGGAUGAGGGUGGCGCUGCAGAGUUCAAGCCGGGAGCGAUCAUUCGUGUCAAGCUUAGAAACUUUGUGACCUACGAGAGUGCUGAGUUCUUCCCGGGUCCCAGCAUGAACAUGGUCAUCGGUCCGAACGGCACCGGAAAGAGUUCGCUGGUUUGCGCAAUCUGCAUAGGACUGGGCUAUUCGACUGCGCUCAUGGGCCGUGCGAAGGACUUUGGAGAGUUCGUCAAGAAGGGUACGGAGGAAGGAACCAUCGAGAUCGAGCUGUGCAAACGUCCACAGGACUCUGAAAAUCACAUCAUCCGCGUGCGAAUCACCAAGUCUGGAAGCAAUAGGGAAUGGUGGUUGAAUGGCAAGAAGACGUCACUGAAGGCCGUGCAAAUGUUGGUCAGGGAUCUCUGCAUACAAAUCGACAACCUCUGCCAGUUUCUACCUCAAGAGAAGGUUCACGAGUUCUCGGGCAUGUCUCCUACUGCCUUGCUUGAAGAAACUCAGAGAGCUGCGGCCACUCCGGAUAUGCUGGAGAUGCACGAGAAACUCAAAAAUCUGCGGAAAGACCAAAAGAGUUUGGAUAUACAAGUGGCUGGCGAUCGUGAGAUCCUGCACAGUUCCGAAAAACGCCUGGAGAACCUCCAAGGCGAAGUACAGAAGCUGCAAGCAAGGCUCGACAUACAAGACAGAAUCAAGUAUUUGGAAAGAACCAUUCCGUUCGUGGAGUAUAGGGCUGCGCGGGAUGACUUCAAGGCCCACAGCCAUAUCAAGAAACAAGCCCAGCGGAGGCUGAGAAGUCUUGAAGCAGAAGUCGAGCCGACUAUGCAACGCAUCAAUGCAAAAAAUUACUACUUCGAGCAGAUUUCCGAGGUUGUCAAGGAGCGCAAGAAAGCUGCUGAUCGCGACGAGCGAGAAGCAGACAGCAUGGUGACUUCUAUCAAGUCAAUCGACGAUGAGAUUAAGGAGAAAGAUGCCCUGAUGGGGGCACAGCGUGAGGCAAAACGCCAGAAUAAGACUGAGGUUCAAAAACACCAAAAGGCUCUUACAGAUUUGAAAGCCAAGCUGCAUGAGGAAAAGAUUGUGUUUGACGCUGGCGAGUGGAAUGACCGCAUUCGAGCGAAGGAACACGAAAUACGGGAUGUCCAGACGGAGAUUGAUGAAUUGAAGGGUCGUGAUCGAGAGCUACAGGAGCAGGGCCGAGUGAACCGCAACAAGGCCGAGGAGAUGAAACGUACACUCGCUGCUUUUGACACCCAAGAGGGACAGCAGAUGAGCAAGCUUGAGUCAAAGUCUCAUGAUGCCGCCAGGGCGUGGGCGUGGGUUCAAGCUAACCGCGACAAAUUCAAGGAUGAGGUCUAUGGACCCCCCUUGGUCACCUGCUCACUCAAGGACAAUCGAUAUGCAAAUGCUGUCGAGGCACUGCUCAACAAGAGUGAUUUCCUCGCAUUCACAACCCAAAGCUUGGAAGAUUACAAAAAGCUCAGUGAGGAGUUGAACGGAAAGUUAGGCCUCGCAGACAUCACCAUACGAAGCACCGAUGGUCCAACGCCUCGUCGGUCUCCUCUCUCUCGUCAAGAAAUGGAGCAUUUCGGCCUAGAUUCCUGGGCAAUCGACCUGAUCGACGGCCCUGAACCAGUGCUUAGUAUGUUGUGUACCAGGGGGUUGGAUACGAGUGCUGUGGCGCUUGGAGAAAUGAGCCAGGAGCUCUACGAUCAGAUCAAAGACGAGGCGAAAUUGAACCAUUGGGCUACGAACAGUAACGUCUAUACAAUCAACAGAAGAAAAGAGUAUGGACCAGGAGCAGUCUCCUCAACCAGCAAGCAGGUCAACCCAGCGCAGAACUGGACUGACCAACCAAUCGAUACGUCGGCAAAACAAGAAAUCCAGAGGAAAAUCGAUGAUGGAGACCGGGAACUCGAAGAGCUGAAGCAGAAGGUUGUGCCUAUCCGAGCGAGCCACCAGAAGCUUGAAAAACAAAAAAUUCCAACUCUGCGAAAAGAUGUUGCUGAUUUGAGGAAAGAGAAAGGCGACUUGCAACGUGCUGAUGGGGAGCAGAAGAGUCUCCCCGGUAAAAUCGCUCGUAGCGAAGAGGAACUGGAAGCAAAAAUCAAAAGAUUCGAGGACAUUGAGAAGGAAGUAACCAAGAUCAACACUCAGCAUGACCAUGCUGUACUGCGGAAAGCCAAGCUUGCGAUGGAAUACAAAGAUCUAGUCUCUAAUAUUCGGUCCUGUCAUGAGGCUCUGCUGGAAGCAAAAGUCAGAGCUAUCGAAGCAGAGUCUGAUGUCAAGGGACUCGAGGAGCGCAGCAUUGACAUCGUCCGUCAAUUGAACGAUGAAAAACGCCUCAUGAACGAAGCGCAAGAGCAGUUGACAAGAUCUAAAGCCAUAGCCCAUCGAGCUAUGGCACUCGUCACUGAUUUACAAGCAGAUCCCGAGAAUGCCAACUAUCUCGGAAAUUGGCAAAAUCUCUCACCGGACCUGACCGUGGAAAACCUGACAGACGACAUAACUGCGGAAAAAACGAAGCUGCAAUUCACUCACGCUAAUAACCCCAACGCUAUCAAAGAGUUUGAGAAACGACAGGAGGAUAUCGAGAAACUGAGGCAAAAGAUCGACGACAAUGUGGAGAAACUCGAGAGAGUCAGCCGCAAGAUCACGAAAACUCGAGAUAUCUGGGAACCGCGACUCGACGCACUGAUUUCCGAGAUCAGCGAUGCAUUCUCGCACAACUUUGAGCAAAUAGGUUGCGCAGGUGAAGUAGGAGUUCAUAAGGACGAAGACUUUGGCUUGUGGGCAAUCCAGAUCAAGGUCAAAUUCAGAGAAAACGAGGCUCUGCAAAUCCUGGACGCACACCGACAAUCAGGAGGUGAACGAUCCGUCUCGACCAUCUUCUACCUAAUGUCCUUGCAAGCAUUGGCUCAAGCACCUUUUCGUGUCGUCGAUGAGAUCAAUCAAGGCAUGGAUCCUCGCAAUGAGCGUAUGGUCCACGAGCGCAUGGUGGAAAUCGCGUGCAAGGAACACACGAGCCAGUACUUCCUCAUCACGCCGAAGUUGCUCACUGGACUUCGAUAUGAUAGACGUAUGAAGGUCUUAUGCAUUGCCAGUGGAGCCUGGAUGCCUACAGACUAUAGGAAGCUCGACGUGAACAAGAUCAUCAGCAUAAAGAGGGGUCUCACGGCUACGGCUGCUGGUUAA